CCAGACGGUCCAGACGGUUCAGACGGUUCAGUCCAGGCUGUGGUUCCUCUCGACCCGACUGAUGGAGAAGGAGAGCCGGCCGUCGUGGGAUAAUCCCAUGCAGUUCAUUCUGGCAUGUGUUUCGUACGCCGUGGGUCUUGGGAAUGUCUGGCGAUUUCCGUAUCUCUGUCAAAUGCAUGGAGGAGGGGGCUUCAUGAUCCCCUACCUGGUCAUGCUGGUUCUGGAGGGCAUCCCCCUUUUCUGCAUGGAGUUGGCUAUUGGACAGAAGAUGCGCUUGGGCAGCAUCGGAGCCUGGAGCGCCAUCAGCCCGUACCUGGGCGGAGUAGGUAUGGCCAGUGUGGUGACCUCGCUGUACCUGUGUCUGUAUUAUAACGUGAUCAACGCCUGGAGCUUCUGGUAUCUCUUCCACUCGUUCCAGGCGGUGUUGCCGUGGUCACAGUGUCCGGUAAACACUAACCGGACGGCGUUUGUGGAGGAGUGUGAGGUCGCAUCUCCGACACAGUAUUUCUUCUUCCGUCAAACGCUGAACAUCUCGCCGUCCAUCCAGCAGAGCGGCGGCGUCCACGUGGGCCAGGCGCUCUGCCUGCUGUUAGCCUGGAUCAUCGUUUACCUGUUUAUCGUCAGAGGAGUCAAAUCCACUGGAAAGGUCGUGUACUUCACCGCCACCUUCCCGUACCUGGUCCUGCUGGUGUACCUGAUCCGCGGGGUGACGCUGCACGGCGCUCUGAAUGGAGUCAAGUACAUGUUCACGCCAAAGUUAGAGCAGCUGGCGAAUCCUCAGACGUGGAUUAAUGCUGCCACUCAGAUCUUCUUCUCGCUGGGUCUGGGGUUCGGUUCCCUCAUCGCGUUCUCCAGCUACAACCAUCACAAUAAUGACUUUGAGAAGCAAGCCAUCGCUGUGUCGCUCAUCAACAGCGGAACCUCCAUCUUCGCCAGCGUCGUCACCUUCUCCAUCUACGGCUUCAAAGCCACCUACAACUACGAGAACUGCCUGGAGAGGAUGAAGCUGCUGCUGAUCAAUACGUUUGAUCUGGCUGAAGAAUCCAUUCAUAAACAGAACAUCAGCUUCUGGAUCUCUGAGUUGAACCAGACCCACCCGGACCAGUUUGGACUGAUCUCGUCCCGUGUGGAGCACUGUAGCCUGGAGCAGGAGUUAGACACGGCGGUGGAGGGAACUGGUCUGGCUUUCAUUGUUUACAGUGAAGCCAUUACAAACAUGCCGGCUGCCCAGCUGUGGUCAGUGCUGUACUUCUUCAUGCUGCUGCUGCUGGGGAUGGGGAGCAUGCUGGGAAACGUGAUGGCCAUCAUAACCCCCCUCCGAGACUUUAAACCACUCGCCCGCAGCUUCAGCAACGAGACCCUGAACGGUCUGGUGUGUGCGUUCUGCUUGCUGCUGGGAAUCGGGUUCACCACGCCGGCGGGUAAUUACUGGUUUACGAUGUUUAAUGAAUACGGUGCAACAUUCUCUCUGCUCUUCAUCGUCCUGAUCGAGGUCUUCACCGUGUCCUACAUAUAUGGUCUAAAGAGGUUUGAGAAAGAUGUUGAGGACAUGUUGGGGCGGAGACCUGGUUGGUACUGGAAGGUGAUGUGGGCGGCGGUCAGUCCACUGCUGCUAAUUAGCCUCUUCAUCUUCUACAUCAUCAACUACAUCCAGGGAGGGGUGCCCACCUACCAGGCCUGGGAUAAGGAAAAGGGCAGGUUGGUGGUGACGGAGUACCCGGUGUUUGGCCAGGCCUUCAUCGGGGUUCUCCUGGUGUCAUCAGUGAGCUGCAUUCCCCUCGCUGCACUGUAUGCCUUCUGCACCCGACACCAGCGUGGAGUACCAGUCCGUAAAGGCUCUGCCCGCAGCAGGACGUCCAGCGUGUAGCACAACAGGAAGACACUAGGGGGACGAACCAGAGAACCUCUGCAUUGCUUUACUGCCUGACUUAACGUUCCGCGGGGCUGUAGAGUGAUACACUUGGUUCUCAGAUCCAAUUUACUCCUUCCAAACAAAAAACUGUAACAGUCCUCACAUUUAUCGUUUCACAGUGAUUGUACCUCCAUUUUCUGCUUUCAGAAUGCAUUAUUUAUUUCUUUUUUACAGCUUUAAAAAGUGACCUUAUGUAUGAGAAAGUCUAUAUUAAAUGCACGUAGUAUUAUUUUUGUUAUUAUUGUUACUGUUUGUAGGGCAGAGUGUCUUAGAGACAGUAUGGUCGCAUUAUGUAAGUGACGAUAACAUGGUUGUGAUAUUAGGAUGCUCUGCAGCAGCUCUAAAAUCAAUAACAAGAUCUGUUUAACUCUAAAUUGUGACUCAGCUGAUCUAAAAUCUGUAGAUUGAUGAAGCUCCGCUCAGUUGCUAAUUAAUAAAGGUUUUUUUUACAUAAAUAUUUGCACAGUGAAAGUCCUGCUGCAGCACCACUGGGUCAGAAGUUCAUUCCCACUGCAGCACCACCAGGUUAUAGGUUUAGUCCCGCUGCAGUACCAUUUGGUCAGAGGUUUAGUCAUUCUGCAGCAUCGCCGGGUCAGAGGUUUAGUCAUGCUGCAGCAUCGCCGGGUCAGAGGUUUAGUCAUUCUGCAGCAUCGCCGGGUCAGAGGUUUAGUCAUGCUGCAGCAUCGCCGGGUCAGAGGUUUAGUCAUGCUGCAGCAUCGCCGGGUCAGAGGUUUAGUCAUGCUGCAGCAUCGCCGGGUCAGAGGUUUAGUGCCAUUUAAAAAAGAGUAACAAUCAUCAUAAAUAUGAUUUUUUAAUAAUGUAAUUAAUUGAAAAAAUAUGUGAUUAACAAAAGUUUGGUAUUAAAUAAAUGUGAUUAUGGUGAAGGGUUGGUCCAGAUUCUUUAUUGCUAGUUCUUUUAUUGCUUUAUUCUUUAUAAUGAGAAAAGUGUUUUUGUUUUGCAGUUUUUAUUAAUGAAUGCAUUAAUAGA